AGCUGGGAGCGACGAAAACAUAAUUAGUGAUAAUCCUGCUUCCACCAUUCUUUUACAAAUGUCGACCCUUGAUUGGACCUACCUGACCGAACCACAGAAAUACGCGUGCUUUGGUCUAAAAGGACAACAAUCGCGAUGGCCCAGAGGAAAAGUAUUAGGAGGUUCCAGUGUUUUAAAUCACAUGAUUUAUGCGCGAGGCAAUCGUAAAGACUACGAUAAUUGGGCAAAAAAUGGUGCUUUCGGAUGGAGUUGGAAAGACGUAUUCCCAUAUUUUCUUAAAUACGAAGACAAUACAGAUAUAAAUCUUUUACAAAAUGGUUAUCAUGCUUCUGGUGGAUACUUAACAAUAUCUACACCAUCGUAUUCUACUAUUCUCCGUACAGCAUUUUUAGAAGCUGGAAAAUCUUUAGGAUAUCAAAUUGUAGAUGUGAAUGGUGCAACGCAAACAGGUUUUGCUCCCGUUCAAUCUUUUUUAAGAAAUGGAAGACGAUGUAGUACCAAUAAAGCAUUCAUAAAACCUGUUCUUCAUCGUCCUAAUCUACAUAUUUUACUUUUUUCGUUUGUCACUAAGAUAAUAUUUGAUAAAUUCAAGAGAGCAAGAGCCGUUACUUUUGAUCGCUUUGGUCAGACAUAUAUCGUAAAUGCAAGGAAAGAGAUAAUAAUAUCAGCAGGUGCGAUAAAUUCGCCUCAAUUACUAAUGUUAUCAGGCAUUGGUCAGCAAAAAGAUUUAGAGAAACUUCAAAUUCCUGUUAUUUCAGAUCUGCCAGUAGGUUUAAAUCUCCAGGAUCAUCCUUUCGUUUUGGGAACAAAUUCUUUAGUUGAUGUACCCGUUACUUCUGUUCUAUUGCGAUUUCUGAAUCCAAAGGACUUUUUUCGUUAUGUUUUUGUUGGAAGUGGACCGGGGAUUUUAUCUUCGGCAAUUGAAGCGGUUGCGUUUAUAAAAACUAAAUAUGCUAAUGCAUCUGACGAUUAUCCCGAUAUUCAAUAUAUUUUCUCAUCGGGAGGAUUGGCUUCCGACGGUGGCAAAGUUUUGAAAGAAAUAUAUGGAAUAAAAACAGAAGUAUAUAAUUCGUAUUUUAGACCAUUCGAUUUCGACGAUACAUUUACGAUAUUCACUGUUUUGUUACGACCAAAAAGUCGUGGAUAUGUAAAAUUGAGAAGCGCCAAUCCUUAUCAGUAUCCAAUAAUCCAACCGAAUUAUUUAUCUCAUCCUGAAGAUAUUUUGAGAUUAGUCAGUGGUAUACAGUCAGCAUUGCGUUUAGCCAAAUCGUUCCCCUUUAAAAAGUUAGGAUCUCGUUUAUUUCCUACUAAUUUGCCGGGUUGUAAAAGGUUUCGCAGAUUUAGCAAAGAACAAUUGGAAUGUUUUGCGCGAACUCUGACACUUACUUUAUAUCAUCCUGCGGGAACAUGCAAGAUGGGAGCAGUAAAUGACCCAACUACUGUUGUGGAUCCUGAAUUAAGUUGGCGGAGGGACAGCAGGCUCAGUUCUAGCUAAUCGUUUAUCGGAGAAUCCCGACAAUCAUGUUCUUCUUUUAGAGGCUGGAAGUAAUGAAAACAAACAAACUGAUGUUCCUGCUAACACAAUUGGAUUGCAGAUGAGCCCUCUCGAUUGGGCAUAUAAAACAGA